CGACCCACGUCAUCGUCCUCAGAGCUUCCUAGUCUGAGACACAGCAGAUAGAGAGAGAGAAGGGCCCUUGACAAUAAGAUUACCAAAACGCUGCGUUUCGCCUGGAAAAAUCAUGAGGAACCGGCGGUUUGCGCAGGUCACGACGAGCGACGACGAAGACGACGACGUCGUACCCCGGAGCCACCAGCAGUCGGCGGGGGAUACAUCGUCGCGGAAGAGGAAGCAGGUGAAGCUUCGAGAAGGGGACGACGAGGAGUCGGGGGAGGAGGAGAAGCAGAAGAGUAAGAAGAAGAGGAGAGGGAAGGAGAAAGAGGCCGAAACGGCGUCGGGUAGCGAAGACGAGGAGGAGGAGCCACACGUGGUGGAGGACGCGAAGCCGAUUGGCGAGGUCGUUAAGCUUUCCGGGAAGGGAAGGGGCCGGAGGCAGCACUACAAGGCGUUUGAGUACGACGGGACCCGAUUUGACCUGGAGGAUCCGGUUCUUCUAACUCCUGAGGAUACAAAACAAAAGCCUUAUGUGGCAAUUAUCAAGGAUAUAAGUAGGACCGGAGGUGGGAGCAUGAUGGUAUUGGGACAGUGGUUUUAUCGUCCUGAAGAGGCAGAGAAAAAAGCUGGUGGAAACUGGCAGUCAACUGAUACAAGGGAGCUGUUCUAUAGUUUCCAUCGUGAUGAGGUUCCUGCAGAAUCUGUAAUGCAUAAAUGUUUGGUGCAUUUUGUUCCGUUAAACAAACAGCUUCCAAGUCGUAAACAGCAUCCUGGCUUCAUUGUGCAAAAGGUGUAUGACACCCAAGGGAAAAAACUCUGGAAGCUGACAGAUAGAGACUACGAAGAGGAUAAGCAACAUGAGAUUGACUUGCUAGUUCAGAAAACUAUUAAACUAUUGGGAGAACUUCCUGAUAUAGAGAUUGCAGAUAACAAUGCUUAUCAGGAUGAUCAGUUGAAGACUAAAAGGGGUCUGAUUAAAAAGAAUAUAUCACCCCUUGAUGUUUCUAGGGUGGAAGAAGCAACUGCUAGGCCUGGUCACAAUCAAAAAGCUGAAACGCCUGGAAGCUGCCCAACAAGCAACUCAGAAUAUCAUUCCAUUUUAGCAAAGUCCAUGGCACUAACUGGAGACACACUACGUGACAGAUGGUUGGAGAAACUUCUACAAAAUAUCCGGCACCACGUAUGGAACUCUGCUGACACUACAAACGGUAUUGAAAAGAGAAAAUCUGGCUCUGAUGAUAUUGAUCAAGAAAGUGACCGUAAGUCCACAGAAGUUGGAAAUGGAUCUCAGGAUAAUCUCAAGAGUGGCAACACGUCUUUUCUCUGGCCAGAGGAUGCUGUUCGUGCAGUUACUUCUCUAGAGAAGGCCUCGCAUGAGUCUCUCUCCUCAGAUUUCCAAAAGUAUAACCAGAAGUUGCGGCAACUGGGAUUCAAUCUCCAGAAAAAUUCAUUCCUAGCCCGUCGUCUGCUAAAUCGAGAGUUGGAACCUUUAACAAUAGUGAACAUGUCACCUGAGGAGUUAAAGGAGGGUUUAACAGCUGAGGAGAGAGCAAAGAAGGAGCCUGAUGAUUGGGAGCGUAUGCAGAUGACUGACGCUCGUUGCUCAAGAUGCUCAGAGUUCAAAGUGGGAGUUAGGGACAUUAUUCAAGCAGGACACAGUGCUCGCUAUCAGGUGAUAUGGCCAUUUGCUUUGUUAACUUCAUUUGCCUUUUCGUUAAAAGGAAGAAUGCAUGAACAUUGCUUUUUCAAGGCUGGAGUGUAUUGCCUGUGGUCAUUCAUGGUAUGCUGCCCGGGAUGCGGUUUCAAUGCUCACAAUUGAUGCACCCAGUUCUAACAAGAAUGUGGGGACGGCUCCUUUGGCCACUGCCAAGUUUGAAGAUGUUGAAAAGAAGCUGGCGAGCCCACGUGAGCCUGACAAGGCAACCAAGGACACUCUAAGAAAAACAACUGAAGCAUAUAUGCCGGUGUUGGAAGCGCAAAGAUCACUUAGCAAGUCCAAAAAGGAAGAAAAUUCUGAUUCUGCAAAGAAAGCCGAGUAGAGAUGCUGCGGUCUUGAUAGUUUAUGGAUGUGGAAAAUUUAGGUGGAUGAAUUAUGUAGGAAAUGCAGCCUUGGUAGUUUUUGUACAACCGUAUACACAUGCAUAUGUUAGUUAAAGCGGUCUUGAACCCCCGGGGGGUUAGGGUAGGUAAUUUUGACUUGAAGUCUGUAUCUGCUGCUGAUGCUCCAAAGAUAGAAUUGCACUAACCGAGCAGACAAGUAAAGGAGAUAGAGAUGCCUUGUACUUGUUUUCUCUGUCACCAUUAUUCUGUUGAGUUUCGUGGGUGUUUAUUUCGGAGUAAGAUUUUCUUCCCUCUUUUUUUCA